AUGAUUCGGACCUCCCGAAUACUCAUUGUCAUCGUCAGCCAGGAUUGCUGUUUUGAUGGCUUGUCCGAAGUUGCGCACCUCUGGUCAGAAGAGGACUCGCUGGAGAACGCUGCCGUGCUUCAGGAUUGCGUCUGGGCAUUCCAAUGGGGUGUGCCCGUCCUGCCAGUACGCCGAGUGGCAGGAGGAAAGAUGGCCAAGGAUGAUGAUUUCCGCGAACAACGCCGGAAGCUGCGCUUCCUGUUCGCCCUCAACAUGGGACUUCCCCAAGUUGGUUUGGGCACCACGGUGUCAGCGGCCCUGGCCACUGGAAUCCGCUCUGGGCGCUCUGAGCGACGCGAGCAGCUGCCCAGGAACAUUUGGGAGACGUGGCAACCAAGGGUGAUAGAAAUUGUGGGGGGCAGCGUAACCGCUCUUUCUUUUAGGCUCAUGUAA